UAAUAUAGUAUACAUAAUGAGAACAUAUUCAAAAGAUAAACGUGUGUGGAGACUGGCGAAACAAAUAGUAUGAAAUUGUUUUUACAUUCAUAUUUAAUGAGAACUCAUAACUUGACUAUAUCACCCCACCUUUUUAUUCCAGUUAUGUUGUCAUUAUCUUUCUUCUAUUAUGACAAUGGAUUCUCUUGCAACUUACGAUCCCUUUCGUCCAUGUUGUGUAUUUUGAUCCUUAUUUCUUGAUUUUGUACUCGAAAUCCUCCAUACUUUCAGACGGGUGAAGAUCCACACUUAGGACUUUUUGCUUGAAAUUUUUUGUCUUUGAGAGGUGUUUGUUGUCCAAAUUCUAAAAGUUUGAUUCUCGAAGAUUCAUCUAAGUGUUGCUUUUCUUUACUACCAUGUUUGCGGAACCAUGAGGCUUUUGGGCUAUUUUUUUCCCAACAUAAGUGUGUCCGUGCUUCUACCUAGAACACAAUGAUUAUCACCUUACUAGCUAUGAACCUGUCCUUGCUUGUUGAAUCCUUCGUUACACUAUCAAUGAAAGUAAAAUUUGAGAGUGUGAUGUGAUAUAAGUGUUCUUUCACACACUACUCAUCAGACACAACCUUCUUCUGCUUCUGCUUCUGCUUCUGCUACUGAAGCAUUUGUACCAAGCUUUUAUCAUCACCCUACACCUCUUCAUAACUAUGGAUAUUACUAUGGACUUGAAGGUGAGCAUGUUGGAUUGUAUUCAGCCUUGCCCAUCAUGCCUGAUGGAUCCAUUUAUGGAAUAGAAGCUCUAUGUAAAUCACAAGCACAAGAAGCAAUGCAAGUAAGCAUAGAUGGUACUUUUCACAAACCAAACAAUUCAAAUAACAUUAAUCAUGUGCAAGAGAAUAUCAGCCAACAACAACUAUAUUACUCUUCCUUAAGAAACCAUGAUGUGAUGUUAGAAGGGUGCAUGAAAAAUCAGGUAAAAGAUAGUGUUCAGCUCCCAAAAAUAGUUGAGGAUGAAAUUUUUGGUAUGAGGAGUUGGGUUUCAAGGGACAUUCCUGCUAGAUAUGAACAGGAUUCAAAGACAUGUGGGUUGUCAAUGAGUCCUGGUUCACAAUCAAGUUGUGUUACAAGUUCACAACAGACAUCACUUGCUCCCAUUGAUUCUGUUUCCAUUGAAAUGGUAGACAUGAAAAAGAAUCAGAACCAAACCGUUUUAAGGAAUACAUUUGGGCAAAGAACAUCUCAAUAUAGAGGUGUAACAAGACAUAGGUGGACUGGUAGAUAUGAAGCUCAUUUAUGGGAUAACAGCAUUAAGAAAGAGGGACAAGCUAGGAAAGGAAAGCAAGUUUAUCUAGGUGGUUAUGAUAUGGAAGAAAAAGCUGCUAGAGCUUAUGAUAUGGCUGCACUCAAGUAUUGGGGUCCCUCCACUCGUAUAAAUUUCCCUUUGGAAAAUUAUGAAAAAGAACUUGAAGAAAUGAAGAAAAUGACAAGACAAGAAUAUGUUGCUCAUUUAAGAAGGAAAAGCAGUGGAUUCUCAAGAGGGGCUUCCAUGUAUAGAGGAGUAACAAGCAGACACCAUCAACAUGGAAGAUGGCAAGCUCGAAUAGGAAGAGUAGCAGGAAAUAAAGAUCUCUACCUUGGAACCUUCACUACCCAAGAGGAAGCAGCUGAAGCCUAUGACAUUGCUGCUAUAAAAUUCAGAGGAGCAAAUGCUGUUACAAAUUUUGAUAUAAAAAUAUAUGAUGUGGACAAAAUUAUAUCAAGCAGUAAUCUUCUUAGCAGUGAACAAGCUAAGCGAAACAGAAAUAUGGAUGAUGCAAUUAACAAUAAACUUUCUACAUUUGAAGACAUUGAAGUAACAAUUCCAAUUCAGAAGAGAUGCAAAAUACAACAACAUGACCAAAAUCCACCUACACAAAGCUUUGAAAGUUGCACGGUCCAAUCAUUUUCAUUAGCUUUAGAUAACAUAUAUCACUAUCAAGAAAUAGAUGAAUCAAAUCCUUCUUCAUUGGUUACAAGCUUGAGUAGCUCAAGAGAAGAAAGUCCAGACAGAACAAGCUUACCAAUGCUCUUUGGAAUGUCAUCAACAGAAUCAAUGCCUUCAUUUUCUUUGCCUCAGAUUCCAUUGUCUGUCUUUGCUGCUUGGAAUGAUGCAUGAUCCAUUUUGUUUUCUGAUGCAUGUUCACAUUUAAGCAUUUUACUCAUGUAACAACUUGUUAGUCAGUUUCAAUUAAAGAAAAAUCAUUCAAUAAUAUUUGAAUUUAAAUCAUGACUUAACUGAAAUAAUUUUUUGUCAAA